AGUCUUAAAAUUUUAAGUACGGACCUCACCUUUUCAAAUAACCAAUGGCCAACAUAACCAACAACGUACGUAUAUUAGGUUAUGUUAUUAUAAACAACAUGAUAUUUAUUGAAAAUAAUAAAAUAAAUAUUAAUGAAUAAUGGUUCGAGUAAAAAACAGAUAUUUUGUAGUACAGGUCAACAGAGAAAAUGAUCAACCAGUGUCAGUUCUGAAAAUGAGCGCUUCAUUACUGAACGAUUGUAUAAAAGAGAAGGUUCAAGAUCUAUACGGUGAUUUUGGCGUAGCAGCAAUCCAUGCCGGUUUCACCGCCAAGUACUGCAAUGAAUACACUCGAAUAGCCAUCAUCCGAGCAAGAAAAGGACCUCACAGAAUGGUUGCAGCCUCUGUGCCAUGUGUUAAAGAAGCACACGGUAAACCGAUUGCUUUGAACAUUUUAUACGUCGGCAGUUCAAUGAGGCACUGUUUUAUUUUUAUUAAAAACUACCAGGAAAAGAGGUUCAAUGAGUUCUGUUGUAAUUUAAAGACUGAUGAAGAAAAGGAAGAAAUUAGGAAAAUCUUAUUGAAUUUAGACUCUGUGUUAAAUGUUUAAGCGGUUAAAUAAAUUUAAAAAAAAUUAA